UGCACCGACUUUAAACCUGCUAAAGAAAGAAAAUCAUGGCGAACGUGGCUGCGUUGCUACAGGAGAAGCUUGACAAAGCGAAAGAAAAUCUACAAAGCGUCGAUGAAAACAUACGUAAACUUACAGGAAGAGAGCCGGGGGAAAGGAGGUUUCCAUUUGUUGGAGAACGGGAGAGAGAUAGGGACCAACGCAGAGUGUCUUUGGGGAUCCAGGGGCCACGGGGAAGGGGUAGAGGCAGAGGAGGAGGAGUGCAGAGGGCAGAUGCUUUUCAGCGUUUGGGCUUACCCAUCACCAGGAGGCAAAGCACCGGUAGUGCAUUCAGCAGGCUGGGAGGCCGUGUGGACGGACCACUGCCCAAGCGCCCACGUAGGAAGAGUAACGAUGACGAUGAUGAUCUGCCCAAGCACACCAUCCAGUCCUCUGUUGUAGCUACCCCUAAGGUUGUCAAAACACGCCAAGAGUCCAUCCAGGAGCAGAACAAGGAUGCCCAAGAUCAAAAAAGGAAUCGGCGUAUGUUUGGCCACCUGCUGGGAACCCUGCAGAAAUUCAAGCAGGAAUCCAGCGACAUGGAGAGCAAGGAGCGGAAGCGAUCGGAGAUUGAAAAGAAGCUGGAGGAACAAGCGUUGGAGGAGAAGAAGGCGGUGGCAGCCCAGAAGGUGCACCUCUUCACGGAGCGACGCAACCAGCAAGCCGAGCUGCAGAAACUGGAGAGGCUGGUUGAUAUCGCAAAAGAGCAAGAUGCCUGGGACGCCCACACCAAGAAGCUGAACAACUUCAUCCGCACCAAGGCCAAGCCCCCGAUAUUCUACAAGCCAGCCAAGCCCUCGCUGGUGACUGAGAAAAAACUGCUGGACUCCAAGGAGCUGCUGAAUGAGAUGAUGAAGAAGCGCCGAGCUAAGAUCGAAGCGGAGAUACGAGAGUUGCAGUCAGAGCCUGCCGGGAAGGAGACAGAGCCCAUGGGAAAGGAGACAGCCGAGGUAAAGGGUAAGACCAAAGAUAAAAAGAAGAAGCAUGGUAAGGGUAAGCAUGAGGAGCGCAAGAACGGCAAACAGAGAGAACGGAGGGGCAGUGGCGAGGGAGCACCCACGACGCCGCCGGAUGCCAGGGAUAGCGAAGGGGAGGAUUCAGCCCUCGGGAAAGCCAAGGACUUGGUCGAGGAUAGAGGCAAGGAGGGGGAAGCAGGGGAGGGUGAGCCAGGUAAGGAUGGGGUCGGGAAACGGGGAUCGGAAUCAGAAGCUUCAUCCAUGGAGGAAGAGGAGGAGGGAGAGUUGCAGGAGAGAAACGGCCGGGAGGCCGAGCCAGAUGGAGAAGCCCAUCCGGUGGAAAGAGCCGGCUGCCCACCGGAUGAUAUUGACGAUGGCGCAGACCGAGAUGAAGGGAAGGAAAAGGUUGAAGGGGAGGCUGGGAAGGAGGAGGACUUCCGGAGCGCUUUGUACCGAGAGGAUGACCAGAGGCCUGAGUUGUCCUGGGAGGAUGAACCCAUGGAGCAGUGAUGCCUUCAAUGCUGCUUUCAGCGAUUUCACCAAAUCGUUCAUUUUUGCAACCACCAGCAACAUUGUAAUACUAGAUGUCUGUUACAUGCACACCAGACCAGUACAUGCAUACCUCGCGGACAUACACAUGAAGCCUUGUCACAGGGUUGUUAGGCAUUUCUGUAAAUGACAGUGUUGCUGUUUGUAGGCUUUUUUGAUCUUUGCUGUACUGGGCCGCCAUUUGUGACGAAAAAUUAACGUCUGCGAAACAUUAUACUUCUAAAAGUGUUUGUGAAUGGAAUAUCAGUGAUGAAAGCAAGAGUCUGUUUUGGAGCAUUCAGGGCACUCCACAAAGCAGGAGGGCCAAUCGUAAGACUCAUUUCCAAACUCUUCCUGCCCACUGAUGCUGGAGUUUUAUUCUUGCAGUCUAUUUUGAUCGGUUGCUGCCACAGCUCCGUGGCCGCACGUCUGGUAUUGCAAGGGAAGAUUUCGCUUUACGAAAGCUUGCUCAAGUCCAGUUCAAGAUAUGGUUUCUCUGUUGAAAGUUUUAUCGUAUUCCCCCCCCCCCCACAGUUCUCUUUUUCGUUCUUGGAUCCCGUGUGAUCUAGAUCUAGCAACAUCAUGCCCUUAGAUCAUUGUGCUAUGGACCAGGAGACAAAUUCAAUGUUGCAUUUUUCUCUCACUCUGUUGGGGAAAGAAAUUCAUGUGAUACCACCGCAGGCCCUGUACUCUCAGUGGAUGUAACAGACUCCCUGUAUUACCAGUGUCAAGUUGCUUCAGUCCCGCAACCAGUUUGUUGAUUUGUGUUGUGUCGUCAUUUUGUGUUCAAAACUGUGCUGCAUAAAUGAUAUUGUGUGGAAUGAAACCAGAGGAAGAUUCAGUUGGUGUACAAGUUUCCUGUUUUUUUGUUUAUAAAUUGAACCAUUGUUUUCCUGGACUCAAUUCAUCCAAUUGUCCUGUAUAUUCCAAAGGGUUUCCUUUCUCGUUCAACUUGUUGAAGUGAUUGCAAACUGACACACGUUGUGAAACAAAAAACAGGGCGAAACAAAGAGGCAACUCAAGAUUCCAGUCACAAACCACAACUUAAAGAAGUGAAGACCAUACAGUCAAGAUGAAUUGAAACCAAAUCAUUUCUCUGCAAGUCAAGUCAGAAGUCACUCCCAAAGUCUUGGUUUUUGUUUUCGUAAUUUGUCCCCUGUCAUUUUUGUUUUCAAACCUGUAUCUUGAUGGUGAAUAGUGCAGUUUGUUUGACGAUGUUACCUGUUUUCUAAUACAGGUCUCACCACAGAUCUGUCUGCCUAUUUUUUUCAUCAUUAGAUGUUGAUACAUAUUGAAAACAGGCAGGACUGCUUUUUUUCAUAUAGGCUUGCUUUUUCAAAUAGAAAGUAAUUGUUACACUUUCCCAUCAUUAAAAAUUUAUUAAUAUUAAGCCAAAGUUGUUCAAGUUAAAUUAAAUUCCAAGUCAUUUUUUCCAAGAAAGAGUCUGAAGUAAAAAAAAAAACCUGUGAACCAAGACCUACUGAUGCAAAUCUGUAAAAUUAAAAAAAAAUCAAAUUCCAACCAUUUACAACCACAAGGUUUUUUCUGUGUUAUAUCCAGUUUUUAACGGUCCUUUUUUAGCUCGGGGAAAAUGCUAAUGAAAAGCUAAAAUGUCCGCAACAUACUUUGGGAUUUCAGUUAUGUUUUUGGCAUGCCUUCACCUGGGAAAAAAGGACGCAUGUCCCGAACUCUCACACACACACAAUACAAACUGGACGACUAUGAAAAUUAAAAGUGACAGACACUGACUUGAACAAAAAUCACAUUCAUUCACAAUCAUAUUUGAAAACUGGAAAUAAGAGACAAUUGUGCACUGGGCCAUUGGUGACAAAGACAGAACUUGUACCCAUGCUGAAUUUUUUUUCUCUCUCCAGUGUAGUGACAUGGUAAGUAUGACUUUAUAAUUCUCUCAUAAACCAAGGUUUUAAACUUGCACUUUCUUUAGUUUUUCUGUAAAGUGUUACUAUCAACUGUCUAUUUGUCGAUCAGUGUCAAUUGAUGAUCUGUCCGAUUUUCAGGGGGGGGAACAGGUUUUCAGGUAGCAUGUCUUCAAUCCUGUGCAGUGUAGUGAGUGCAAAAUAAAAUCUGUAAAUGUCCACGACAUCUGAUUUUGUAAAUGUCAGUGACAUCAGGAUCGACCGAUUAUUGAUAUUAAGGCUGCACAUUCCAAUAGUGGGCCUACAGUAUUGCUAAGGGUUAACACUUCGGCUUUCCACCAAUGAAUAUAUAGUCUGGUUUUUCAAAACCAAACGCUUGUAUUGGCCUGUAACUGUUCAGCCUGGUCAAAUGUUUAAUUUUGUUUCCCCAUCGAGGAUUACAGCACCGAGACAAGAAACGUCAUGGCAAAAGUGUAUUGUGGCCCAGUUUUAUCGAUGUACUUUCUCAACAAGUGUUUUAUUGCACCUUUUUAAAAAUGUACACUCCUUGUUAUGAUUUCUUUUCUGAAAAAUGGUUGAUUGGUGACUUUUCUUGUAGCGAACUUAAUGUUUAAAACUAUAUGCUCUGUAUUGAUCAUAGCAAAAUUUGAAAAGUUUGGGUGAUUUUCAGUGAAUGAAAAAUCCUAUUUUUCAAAGUUUGAUUUUGGGGGCAAUGCCACCCUUGUAUACCUUUUAAUAGUACUAAAAAUAAUCAAGUAAGGAACCACAAACGUUCACUCACUCUUGGGCAGGACAAAGAUUUUGACCAGAAUGGGAUUUGAAUUUGCAACUGCCAAAGAAAUUGCACCAAGGCUUGGGAUGAGCUUUAUCCGGAAUCAUUGAAGUGGAAACUGAAUUUUGUGCACAUAGGUAGGAACCUACAGAACUGGGACUUUACGACUUGAAGGUGUAAUGAAAACAACUUUAAGGGCAGCUGAUUGAAAGACUUAUUAGUAUGGCCAAAAAAUUACUUCUCCACUCACCCAUCAUCCCUAUUUUUACAGCCACACUCCAACGUUUUGGCAGCUUCCAGAAGCAGAAGUUGACUUCUGUCUUCACAAAAAAAAUAAUUCUCAACAUUAAACGCUGGUUGUAUUUGUUUUACCUACAGUCACUGUUUUUAGUCCUAUUUUCCCAUGUCAUCAGGGAAUAUGGGAAGUUUUUUGGUAUUUUCAUAUUCACAUCUGAAUAUUCAAUCAAAUUAAGGGUAGUUCCACUGACCUAGCUUUAAGCAGGGCAGGAUUCCUUUGCAUUUAAAUGCAGUGCAUGCCUCUGGCUUUAGCCUGUAGAGUAGACCAGAUGUUACUGGGAAGUUAUUUUUCACGUGCAAACACUUUUUUUCUCUCUGAUUUUCGGCUGUUGAGUAUUGAAAUGUCCUGCUUUUGUUUCUCAGAAAGGCAGUUGUGGAAUUUGCAAGGGUUCUGGGUGUUAAAACCAGAAAACAAAACUAGAGGUGGGUAGCCCCUGUGCAGUAUUCGUUUGGGUAUCAGAUACACAGCUCUAUACAGCCAUUUACCGGUGCUCACCAUAACAGCGUUGGUUCCAACACCAGCAGACGUGCUAGCAUUCCGGACAUUGCAGGCUCACAUCACACUCUGGUCAAAGUCUCUGUUUCAUUCCACGAUGGUGUCAGCUUAUGCUGAGGUUUUGCAGAAGGGAUUAAUUAAACCCAUGCACGAGCUAUGUUGCCAUGGACUUGUGCCCGAUUGCCUCUGCCACUAUGCGUGGUGCAAUUGGUAUUAAAUACAUGUACAUGCAAAUGUUGUACAUAUACUGCAACUAUAUAUGGGGAUAUGGAAGCCACAUGUCAUUAAGUUUCAAUGUUGCAACUGGAAAAAUAACUCAACAUGGGUUUUUUUUAACUGUCUUUUUGGAGACAGAUUGUACAAGAGUCCAAAUAGCAGGCCCUUUUAACUUUCAAAAUAAAUUUCAAGUCACUGUUAACGACAGUUAACAGUUGCAGCCAGAAAUAGUGAACACAUCUAUGGGAAGUAGCCACAGCCGUAAGACAGUGGCCUCCAUAGGCACAUGUUGUUUCCAGUCACAGUCAAUCCACUGGGACAUCCCGAUCUCGGAGAGACCGAAAUUGCCAUUCAUACACGUGGUGUUAGGCCUGUUCCAUGUUCGUUGUGUAUCAGGCCUUGUACAAUAUAAAGGCCAAAAGGUCUGGGGUAACCAUGCUCCUAUGGAAAGACAAGUUUAGACAGAACUAUGCAUACCACUGUCCACCUAUGAGUGACUUCAGACUUCCAACCAAGAGAUGUAUGGUGUUGCAUGUAACCCUUUAUUACAUGUUUUUUUCAAAUUCAUCUCAAAUUCGAGUUAGUGUAUAGUUACAAUGUAUGAUCUAUUAAACUGACAAAGACAAUUUCUCCCUUUUGAAACUGGUAAUUACAGUCAGUGGUUGGUUAGAUGAGACAGUUGGUCUUUUUUGCACACAAUCCAUCAGUUUGUGACACUUGUAUUCAUCACUUGGCACCAGUUGACAAAUUUGGUUUUUUUUUAAGUUGUGUGUACAUGUACUGUGAAACUGAACAGAUUCUCGAGUACAUGUGGUGUAAUUUUUUAUAAGAUAUUGUCAGGUCAAAAUUAGCUAAUCACCAGCGAAUAAAUGGAUGUAUUAACAAAGAAA